AUGGGGAAUUUUUUUUCAACCCAGGAGGAACCUCCAAUUAAGUGCUUUCGAGACUUGUUAGCUACCAGAGCGUCAAAGCUAUCAAAGAAACAGGCCCUACGAUUUUGGAAUGUGGUGAUUCAUAUAGCCCCCUGGUUUAGGAAAGACCAUAUCUAUGACAUGGAGUCAUGGGCCUGUGUGGCAUAUUUAGCCCGCAAGGAGGAAGCUAAAGGAUUAAGAGAACUAGAUGUUCAGUUCCUGGCAAUCAUUGCUGCAUUAAAACAGUGCGCAGCAUCUGCUAAGGAACCAGAGAAAAGGGACAGCUCUCCCUCAGCCAAGUUGCUGGAGGGCGGGGCCACUCUGGCACCCCCAGUGCAAGUAUUAAAGGAAUUGAAAGGAUCAGAUACUAAAAAAGAGGCUAGCCUUGAGACUGCUAUUCAGGAAUUAAGGGAUCAGAUACCCCUGCCCUUCCCUGCACGGACCAGGUCACCGUCUCCGGUGUUGCCCCCUAUACCACAAGCAUUAUUUUUGCCUGUAUCACCGCCUUGGGCAGUAACAGAGCCAGCUCCGAAGGCACAGGCACCUCCGAUUCAGCCGCCGUGUCAGUCACCGCUGGCUGCACCCAGUGUGCAGUUAGAGGCACCCCUGGCUUCAUUGCCGUCACUGCCGCAACCUGUACAGCUCCCACAAGCGCCGCCAACCUCGGCACAACAGGCGCUAUUGCCCGCGCCAGUGAUUCUGGCUGUGCCAGAGCCGCAGGACAUGCCAGUAAAUGAAAGGCAGCCGUGGGAUCCACAGCCACCUGCACAGACCCUGUGCACCGCCCCUCUCCCUCCUCUUCCUGUUCCAACUACCUCACUGUUCCCUGUCACUCCAAAAGUGGCUAUGACAGACUCUGAAUGCUUAUGCCAGCUAAGAGAUCAGUUUUCCCUGGGACAGCUUACUGCGUACCCUGUAAAUUUGGUCCCAAACAGGCAGAAACCUAGCUCCUGGUACCCCUAUGCAGCUUCUGAAUUAAAAGAACUCAAAAUUGCUAUUCGCAAAGAUGGGAUUCAUUCCCCUUGGACAAAGUCUAUUCUCCAGGGUUAUCUACAAAGUUUAAAUACACCCCAAGAUUGGAGGGAUAUUAUGAGAGCUGUACUGCCUAGCCCGCUUUUUCUCCAGUGGGAAGCAUUUUUUUGGGAUGAGUGUUUGCAGCAAGCCCGUAGAAAUACUGAAGGGCAGCCAGAUUGGAAUUUCAAUGCAUUAUUUGGCACAGGCUGCUUGAGCACCGGAAUUCUUCAGGCAGAGGCCAGGUUUCCACCCGGUUACUUUGACCAGGUGCACCUCUGCGCAAUGCAGGCAUGGGACCGAUUAACACCGCCUACAGGCGAGAGUCCUGCCCCUAUACUUACCCUAUGCCAGGAGCGAGACGAGUCUUUAAGUAAGUUUAUCACCAGAGUACAGGCCAGCCUAGAGAGAAAAUUUUCUGAUCCAAAUGCCCAUCAGUUAUUAUUAAAAACUAUAGUAUGGGAAGGAAUGCUUUCAGACUUCCGUCAGGCAUGUUUGUCUUUAAAGAAUGAGACCCCAAGUCAGUGGAUUUUAGCCACUCAAGAGAUAGGGUCCAGCACUCACCAGGCCACCACUUUGGCGCAAGCUUUUGCAGCUGCCCUAGAUAAACAGAAGGGAGCCUGCUUUCAGUGUGGUCGCGAGGGGCACUGGCAUAACCAGUGUUUUAAAGGCAAACAGGGACCCCGCACCCCAUCUGGCAACCAGAAAGCUAAGACACUUUGUUCUAGGUGCCAGAAGGGCUAUCAUCGGAGAAAAGAGUGUCGUUCUAAAGCUUAA